AGUUAAUACGUAAUACUAUUUUAAAGAUUUCUUACCAAAUACUCCAAACAAUAUGUCGGAUAAAGCGAUGCUCGUUUUGGGAGAAGCUCCGGAAUCCGAUGAUGAAGAGUUUCAACACGCUGAGAAUUCAAGAAGUGGAAUAGCCGAGAGUGAUAAUGCAGAAUUUGAAGCCGAUUCUAAUUAUCGGACAAGCAAUUCAAAUAAGGGUUUCAUAGAAAAUAGAAAAAGACAAGUGGGAAGAGAAAGUUUUGCUGGCCACUCUGACAAUUUCAAAAUGUCUGAAGACACUUUAUUGCAUAGAAAAUUAAGUAAAGAAAAUAUGCAGUUUUAUUCAAAUCUGACGACACUUAACAAGGAAAUGUAUUUCCGGCGUAGAUUAAAUUUUCAGAUCAAAUUUCUUAGAAAUUUUAAAUACAGUAGCUAUUAUAAGCACGACUUGAAAAUUAGGGAAUAA